CGCGCGCCCCCGGCGCCCGGUCUCGCGCGGCCCCGCGGCGGCGGCGGCCAUGGCGGCGGCGCGCUUCGACUCGUCGGACCGCUCGGCCUGGUACGUGGGCCCGGUGUCGCGGCAGGAGGCGCAGAGCCGGCUGCAGGGCCAGCGGCACGGCGUCUUCCUGGUGCGCGACUCGUCCACCUGCCCCGGCGACUACGUGCUCUCCGUGUCGGAGAACUCGCGCGUGUCCCACUACAUCAUCAACUCGCUGCCCAACCGGCGCUUCAAGAUCGGCGACCAGGAGUUCGAGCACCUGCCGGCGCUGCUCGAGUUCUACAAGAUCCACUACCUGGACACCACCACGCUGCUGGAGCCGGCGCCCAGGUAUCCAAGCCCGCCUAUGGGCUCUGCCUCAGCACCCAACCUGCCUCCCACAGAAGAAAGUGUGGAAUACGUGCGGACUCUCUAUGAGUUUUCUGGGAACGACCCUGAAGAUCUGGCGUUUAAGAAGGGUGAGAUCUUGGCCAUCGUUGAGAAGCCUGAAGAGCAGUGGUGGAGUGCACGUAACAAGGAUGGGCAGGUUGGGAUGAUUCCUGUGCCUUAUGUAGAAAAGCUUGUGAGAUCUUCCCCACAUGGGAAGCACGGAAAUCGGAAUUCCAACAGUUAUGGGAUCCCAGAACCUGCUCAUGCGUAUGCCCAGCCUCAGACAGCCAGCCCUCUUCCUUCGGUCUCCAGUCCUCCGGGGGCAGUGAUGAGCCCCCUGCCCUCUACCCAGAACGGACCUGUCUUUGCAAAAGCAAUUCAGAAGAGAGUCCCGUGUGCUUAUGACAAGACUGCCUUGGCCUUGGAGGUGGGUGACAUCGUGAAAGUGACAAGAAUGAACAUCAACGGUCAGUGGGAAGGAGAGGUCAAUGGCCGCAAAGGGCUCUUUCCUUUCACACAUGUCAAGAUCAUUGACCCUCAAAAUCCAGAUGAAAAUGAGUGAUUCCUGUCACCCAUCACAUGCUGCUGCCGCUACUGCUUCAUGUUCUGGCUCUCAUUAGUAGCAUCUUCUGAAAUGGGAUUCCAUUCUCUGUCACAGGCAAGCUAGGGAGCCUGGCCCAGCUCUCCAGCUUGCUUCCGUUGGGUGGUCUUUUCUACACAUCUGGAAUGCACACAGCUGGCAGCCAUCGCUGGAUCGUCUCAGACUUAGCCAAUUGUAGAACCUUUUUGGAUCUUAAGCUGGAAAGCCCGAGUGGAAGCACACAGGCAAAAGGACAUUGAAGAGGAGAGGGUCUGUUUCCCCCCACCUGGAUGCUCUCUUGGCUUCAUCCCAUCAAAUUCAUUUGGAGAAGGAAAGCAUUUGGCAAUUCUACUUGAACUUGGUGCAUAGCUCGUCCUCAGCACGAUGCUCGAUGUGCCAUCUUUUUUUUUUUUUUUUGGGGGAGGGGAAAUCAUGGAACUUGAGGAGGAGCGAAUUCUGUCCUAUCACAGUAAAAACUGAGUUGGGACUUUGGGGGAAGAAUCAUUGGAAUGUUUUUUCUAAACAGGCAUAAAUUACAAGGUUUCUUGAUUCAAGGGAUUCUGCUCGCCUCUGAGCUUGUACGGUGAAGUUUCUUUGACUUAAGGGAAGAACUACAUCGAAGCCAAGGCCUGUCUUUGUAUCAUGUCUUCGUCGUUGUAAAUGGUAACCUGUUUUGCCAUGUGACAAACAAACAAAAGCAUCCUAUUUAAUUCCAUCUUCCAUGGUAAAACUGUAGAAAACAAACUUCAAAGAGAAAUAGUUCCUUUCCUUUUUCCUGGGGAAGCCAUCCUGAAAGCACACACACGCACACAUGCGGAGCCAUUUCAUUCUUUUGGUCUGCUUUCAAUGAAUGCCCACUCUAAAGGUGAACCAGCAACACCUUCCGUGAGAUUGUUCCCAGAGCCCAGGAGUUGGCUCCACCUCCGUGGACUGUGAGCAGUCUAUGCUCCUGCCCUUUGAAGGGGCUGGAGAGAGCAGUCAGGCUCCAGGCUUUAUACCUAGGCUGCAUCUUCACCAGCUGAAGACACCCAGGGCUCAGGCUCCCUCUUUGGGCAGGCUUGAGGGACCAGGAGAGGCAGGGUACUAGUCGGCUGAACCCACAGGAGACUUUGUUAUCCAGGAUAGUUUUAUUAGAUUAAACAAAAAAGCCAAGCCCCUUGAUUACACACUUCACACACUUUAUUGGUUGCGAAUAGGAGAGGGGGAAUUUGAACCACACUUUCACAAAAUUCAAAUUGGUAAUACCGUUUUCUGCUACUAGGAAAGGACAAGGCCGAGUUUCAAACAGAACGUGCCCCUUUGGUAGUGAAUUCGUUUGGUCUUUUGGUCUGCCCUUCCUCCAGACUUUUGUAGCAACUUAGAACGUGUUCUUGUAUUUUUGAGCCAAAGCUCAUAGACUCCUAGAAUGUUAGAACUGGAAGAGCUACAGCAUAGAAGUCCUCAGAGGCAGUUUUAUAGAUGAGGAAAUGAGGUUCAGGAGGGAGGAUUGAGGCGAUGGGCUCUGACUCACACCAGGUUGGGCCCGGAAGCCAGGUCUGCCUCUCCCCUGCACCACUCUGCCUCUCUCAGUGAUUCCCUGUGGUUUCCAUAGGACAGUAAAUAUGGCUGCCAACAGCCAGCUCAAGCCUGAUUAUACUCAUGAACAUAACAAAAUGAACCAAGAAACUUGAAAAAUAAAAUUGAAAAACUUGAGGAGAUUGCUUGUUGGCCUGGCUUUCCCCAGCCAGUGACUAUUCACCACAGGCUGCGUGUGCAAUGACCUACUUCAAAAAUGCCUUCUCUUCAGCCGACAUUUCCACAACUACUUGAAGCUAUUUAUCAAUCUGUCCUACUGAAAACAUGCCCUUCUGGUUACACUUACUCUGCCGUUACUAUUCAGCCAGAAGCCAAGGUCCAGCACGGCGUUCUCAUCGAACGGCCGCAGGAUCAGCCUUCCAUCCACUCACCCCUUUUGUGCAUUCACUGCUAGGCUUGUCUUUGGUCACACCUUCCAAAGGUCUCUGUACUGACCCUGGCAUCUGUGAGCUUGGACAAGCCUGCCUGGUCUCUCGGGAGGCCGUGGUGAGCCCCAGGUAGCAGCAGGUCAGUCAUGGGCGUGCUUUCACGCUGUACAGAGAUGCCUUUUCUUUGGCCUGCUCUUCCUCAGACUCAUCUCAUCCUCUCUGGGUUGAUGUAGGUCACUAAGGAAUAGAUAAAAAAUGUAGGAGGGCAAGGGGCUUCUCCCCGUAGUUAUUCUUUACACUAAGUACAUGGAUUCCCAGAAGGGGGCACAUGCAUCUGGUGAUGUCAAGAGUGUUCCAGAGCCCAGAAAGAAGAAUCGAGUCUCAGCGGGACUGGACUUAGGAGUCCACCUUGUCCGAUCUGGGGAAGUGGAGAGAGCCCUGGAUUUGGAGACAAGCCCCUUCCCUUCCUCUGGGCCUUGACGUCCUCUCCUGUAAAAUGAGAUUGGGCUGCGGAUGACUUCUUAGUGUCCCCUCCAGCUCCUGAACUCCGGUGAGCCGAUGAGCCUGAGUGGCCUCCACAUUCUGCAAAGGGAGCCGGAUCUCAGGAGGUGUAUGAGAGAAACUCUGAAGGGCUAGGCCCCUCGAGAGCCUCCCAUGGCCUGGCUGGCAUUGCAGUGUUUCCCCCAGCUCGCAGACUAGGUUCCUGAUGGCCCAUGGCACUGACAAGCAUCCCAGGUCACCGUCUGCGGAAGGUCUGCGCUCUGCCCUGAGAGGAUUGCAUGCGCUCCGUGGGCAGCGUUUCCCCUUGAGCUGCUGCUUGUGCUGCUUGCUCUCAUCCCUGCUUUGUCUGUCACCCCAAUCUCUGGAUGUUCCGUGAGCCAUCACUGUGGUUUAUUUAUCCUUUGGUUCCGUCAGGACUGGGCAGUCUUGAGGCUGUUUCAUUCAGUGCACUGUUAAAGGACUCAUGCUCCAUCCCUCCUUUUUCUGUCAUUCAUGGAUGGUGAAGGUGGCUACUGGGGUUUUCAGCCUCAGCUGGUCCAAGGAGAAGAGGUGGCUGAUGGCAUCUGGCUUGGGUCAUCGGCCACGUGUGCCAGUCUUUGUGCAUCUGGCUUGAUCCAAAGGGCAACUUUUCUCUCCAUGCCCGUGGCUCCCUGGGUCUGGCCACCUGGAGGAGCACGGGAUGGUGUGGAUCCCGGGGCUGCCGAGAUGAAGCAUCCCAGUUGCAUCUUGGGAAGGAGACAGCUCUUGGCUUUGGUUUUAACACGGUAUUCCCAACUAACACUUCCUGUUGCCGAAGCCCCGCCUUGGAGCACCGAGCCAGGAGGAGGGUGUUCUGGGGUGCUGAUCUCCAGCCCCCAGCAGGACAGACGAUGACUCUUUGAACCUGUAACUUAAAAAUCAUGAACUUCAGGCAAUAAUAUUUUCUGUGUAAGCUUUUAAAAUUAUUUUUGGGGGAUCAUAGCUUGUUUUAUUUUGUGCUAUAAAAUUAACAGUAUUAAAUGACUUCUAUUCUUAGAAUACAUCGAGUGUCUUUUCUUAACAGAUUAGUGCCUUUUCUUUUCUUACUCCAUUGAUUCCACAGUACUGGGCCCGACAGCAAAGCCAGUGUUUUCAGUGGCCUGUUUGUACACUGUCUGAAUAAAUCUUGCAUCAACUUGCGGCA